GCCAUUUAAUGGUGUAUUUGUAGUGUAUCUCAGGUAAUAUGUGUUGAUACAUUCCAAAUCCUUUGCAAAAUAAUUAUUGUGCUGUAUUUGGGACACAAAUAGAAAAAGUUUUUUCUUCGUUUUUGAACAGGACUGUCUGAUCAUAAGUACACUGCUUUUCAAUGUAGCUGAUAGUAUUCUUAAAAAGAAAUUUUUAUUUCUCAAAUAUGUUCUACAAUGUCAAAUAAGCAAAAUUUUGUAAAAAGAACUUCCAGUGAAUUCUAGAAUUUACACCUGAAAUUCAAUGAAAUUAUCUAAUCCUCAGAUUUAAAUCACUGUUAUUUUUCAUUCUCUUUAGACUUCCUUAUCCUGAACAUGACAGCCCACAGAUUUUAGCUAUUAAAAAUUCCUGCUAUAAACAGCACAUUGAUGAUAUUAGAACUUACUAUAUGAAGGAACAUCAGAACUGGUGUGUGAUUGAUGCCAAUCAUAGCAAAUGGAGGGUCUGGAAGACGGUUCUGCAGGAAGUUCAGUUGGUUGUUAAACAAAUCCAGAUAUACCUGGAAAGAAGAAAAGAAGGAAAAGCAGCCAGCAUUGCUGGUUUAUGUAUCACUCCCCAGGAACUGCAGGGGCAGCUGGGGGAGUGUGGACAGUACUGUCCUGUCAGCCUUGCAGAGAAAGGUGAACUGGUUGACUGCUCUGUAAGCCCCUCACUGGAGUUUGCUGCUGAAUUUCAGGGGCGCUAUUACAGAAUGGCUUCACAGGAAGAACUGGAAAAAUUCUUGAGCAAACCUGAGGUUUAUGUAUCAUCACUGGCAUCUCACCCUCUGCCACCCCCACAUAUGCUACCAAAGAAAUUGACUGCAGCAGAAGUGAAGGCCUUAUUCCCUGUAAAGCCUGAAAUGCAGGGAUACUGUCCAGUCACUUACCUAGAUGGAAAACAGAGAUAUGAAGCUCUGGUGCCUGGCAACAUCGAGUAUGCAGCAAAAUACCAAGACAAGGUAUAUAUUUUUGAAAGUGAAGAAAAACUUCAGAAGUUUAUGAGGUUACCAGAGAAGUAUGGGAAUCUGAAGCUUCCCCAUAAACUCCCUCCAAAAAAAGAGCCAAUGCUAUUAACUACACUUCCUUUGCCUGGAUACCUUGAACAGGGAGUUGCAACUUCUCUAAUAAAAGCUCUGCAUGAAGUUGGCAGCCUUAAGCCAAAGUUUCCAUUCCUAAGUGUGAAAGAAACUGCUCUGCUUUUUGUCUCCUUCCAUCUAAAAGCACACAACCCCCGGAGCUCAGAGCCAGUGCGGCAGAUGUACAGGAAGAAGCUGCUGCAGUUUGUGGAGCACUGCCAACUCAUCCCCUACCUGGGGACUGCCAUGAGGGGCCCGUAUAAGGAGCCAAGAGAUCGGCCCCGUGGCUUUGAUGACAGACUGCAGACUUUUUUUUCCCUGAAAGGCACUCGCCCCACUUUUGUGUGA